AAAUCUUAUUGUUUGUUUUGCUUUUAUAUUAUUUAACGUUCGUCACACUGAUAAGUAAUGUCGUUUACCAAAUCAUAAGGCGUGUUGAUAUAAACAACCUAAGCAGUGUCAGUCACCUGCACAUAUUAACCAUAAGCGCACAGAUGUUUUGAAGCGUCAGGGGUGAGGUUAAAACCACCUGUCAGAUUUAUUGAAAGUGAAAAACAACAAUAGAACGCUAAAAUGCUGCCACAAUAUUUGAUUGCAAUAGUUUUUGUAAUUUCGUUAAAAAUCGCAACGUCAGCAGAACAUUUUGUAGGCCGUCAACAGGUUACCUACAAUCCCAGCAAGCUUUCCAAUGAGCAGUUCCUCGAGUACAGUGGUCUAUCGGAUACUCAACAUAUGCACGAUGCCAUACGUAAUAUACUAAUACCCAGAGUUGUGGGCACAACGAAUCAUAGCAUUGUAAGACAAUAUAUAGCUCAGAGUCUACGCGAUUUGGAUUGGCAUGUGGAACUGGAUAAAUUUCAUGAUACAGCGCCUAUUAUGGGAGAGCUGCAUUUUCAAAAUAUUAUAGCCACAUUGAAUCCAGAAGCGGAGCGCUAUUUAGUGCUGGCAUGUCACUACGACAGCAAGUACAUGCCCAACGAAGAGUUUGUGGGCGCUACCGACUCCGCUGUGCCAUGUGCUAUGCUGCUGAAUCUGGCCAAGGUGCUGCAGCAGCAGCUGCAACCGCUGAAACAAUCAAAGCUAAGUCUUAUGCUGCUCUUCUUCGACGGCGAGGAAGCUUUUGAUCAAUGGGGUCCCAAGGAUUCCAUCUAUGGAGCACGCCACUUGGCAAAGCGUUGGCAAAAGGAGAAAAAAUUAAACAGCAUAGAUUUGCUAGUGUUGCUAGAUUUACUCGGCGCACCCGAUCCCACAUUCUACAGCUUCUUUGCCAACACGGAGCUGUGGUAUAUGCGCAUGGUGGAUUUGGAAAGCCGUUUAUCGCAAAAAGGCUUGCUGGAACGCUACAUGAGCAGCGGUGUGUCGGUGCAAGAUCCCACGCAAUACUUCCAGCCACAAACGUUAAGGGAACGCAUGAUUGAAGACGAUCACAUACCAUUUUUGGAUCGUGGUGUACCCAUUCUACACGUUAUACCAUUGCCCUUUCCCAGUGUCUGGCAUACGCCAAAUGAUAAUGAGCACGUUAUUGAUUAUGCGACAACAAACAAUUUGGCGCUGAUACUAAGACUAUUUACGCUGGAAUACUUGCUAGGUGGCAAGUAGGUGAAACGCACAACUUUGAACAAUCG